CUCCAACACAAAAACAAAAACACAAAAUGAACCGCCUCCGCCCUCUAGCCCGCACCUUCCUCCGCCAACCCCUCCUCCGCCAACAACCGCUCUCCCUCCUUCGACCACUGCCCAACCAUUUCCCCCUCCCCCGCUACAACUCCACCCAACCCCCCGCACAGCCCGACAAACCCUCCUACCAGCUAACGUUCACCUGCCGCCCCUGCACCCACCGCUCCACCCAUCAUAUCAGCAAGCAAGCAUACCACGCCGGCAGCGUACUGGUUACUUGUCCAGGGUGUAGUUCUCGGCAUGUUAUUACUGAUCACUUGAAGAUAUUUGGCGAGACAGCGAGGUCGUUGGAGGAUAUUUUACGGGAGAAGGGGGAGGUGUUGAAGAGGGGGGUUGUCACGGCACAAGGGGGUAUCGAGUUUUUUUCUGAGGGGACAGAGGUUAAGCCUAAACCGCUUGGGGGUGGGGAGGAGGUGGGUGAUAAGGUAUAAGUUAGAGGAGGGAAUGGGAAAGGCUGCAUUGCACGAUGUGUAUUCUAAAAGGGGGGAAGGAGGCAGUUGUAAUAUUUGGAGACCCAUAAAUCGGUCGAGGCAUAGAGAUCUUGCGAUACCAAUGGCUAUCGCAAUUGCAGACAUCAAUUGACAUUCUCAGUCGCACUAAA